CUGCAAAAACUCCAGGAAAUAUAUCAACCACUCGAAGGAGUGACAUUUCGAGGAACCUACCUGGGAGAAUACAAGAUGCCACAAACGGGAAAUAAAAGGUAUAUCAUAAAAGGUAACAACCUUUUCGGCACACUGAAAAGCAUUUAAAGCUCUGUUAUCAACACCUAUGGAAAAACACUAGUAUGGAAAGGAAUAACUGGGCCGGAGGAUAGUGAGAAGUAUACGGAUUACUGGCUUUGGGUUGAACCUGAUGUCGGUGGAAUGCUUUUCGAAGACGACUCUUACGAUUUCAAGAUAGAGAGGUGCACUCCCUUUCACUGCGAGAGCGGCAGUUUUUCGUACGGAGUGAGCAUAAAGGCGAAAAUCGUUUAAAGCAGUAACAAGUCUGGCGUGAGUCCAUUUCAAUUUGGAUAACUUUGGAUAAUACAUAAUGAUUCAUGUGACUGACCCUUUUAGACUGCCAGUGUCUGAUUAAAGGAUUUCAUAAAAGAAAAUCUGUUUGAGAUUGAAAGAACAGCUAGGACAAAUCUAGUUUGACGACUGGCCGACAAAGAAUAAGGUUUACUUUUAAAGACCUACCUGAUUAGAACGAAGGAACCUUCCACUUACAGCAAUUAAAAUCUCUGAUGAACUGGCAAAUCUCAUAAGCGCCAUCAUGGUCGAGCAUUUGUUCUGUUUCUUCUCUUAUAGUAAGUAGGUCGUAAGCCGGGGAUGUAGAGUGAUUAAAAGAGCCUCAUCACUCGGAACUCUGAGUAGCUGAACAUUAUGAAAGUCCAGUAUACAGCUUAGAAUUGGGAAAGUAUAGACUUCAGACGUUAUGGAACUUCAUGAUCGCGAACCGGCUAUGCAAGAUCAUCAAUCUUGUCUACCCGGGGCAUCAUGAACAUGCCAUGAACACGAGGUCACUUAAUUUUUGUUCUGUUUCUCUCAGUUCCUCUUUGUAAUACUUUUGGUCUACCAGCUGAUUAAGAAUCUAGCGCUUUGAGCUACGAAUUUUAUAAACCCGGCAUAUCUUUGCUUGCCUUGCUAUUCCAGAAUUUAAGUUACUAGUAAAUCGUGGAAGUGUAUUCAGGUGACCGCAACGCGUCGUUUUGUUGAAAUUUGCUUUCGAAUAAGUCCGCUGAAGUCUAUGCCUGUCGGUCGUACAAACGAGGAACUUAUCACUACACUAUUCAAAUGAAUUCCUUUGCUUUUGGUAGACUAGAACUUUUAAUUUGCAGUCUCCAAUUAAUCUGCAACAAAAUGAGAGUAACAUAGUCUAAUAUCUACAAAUCACUCGGAUCUUUUUACUCUUGCUUUUACAUGCUGCUUCUUGACUAUUCGCGGCACAUGGCAAGAAAACCGAGAGAAACCGCAGUUGUAUGUAAUCGUUGUUUUCUGUCACAUGACUAGUUAUUUUCUGUUUCACUUAUAUUCAAUGGAGAGGCGAAGUUUAAGAAGUCUCAGUUACUUCAACUGAAUAAAAGUGGAAGCGUAGUAUCAGAGGCACCCAACGACGGUUUUCUCCUAAAUACAUUCAUUUGAAAACUCUUUUUAGGCAUAAAAAUUGUAUCUGUUCGGUCAUCCUAGAGGAACUUGAGUCUUUUCGAAAAUACAGGCCGGGCUUCAGUAUUAUUUUCCCGCAAUUUAACGUUUUACGAAAGUGAGAAUUUUUACCCCUCUCUCCGUCACAUUUUUCAAUCGGAAGAUUUCAGGUUUCCUUUUUCUAAGAAAAUUAGCCUAACAUGGGGAGCAGAAUGUGAGAAAUUAAGGUUCAGAGAAUGGUUGGGAAUUGGAUUGUCGGAACGGUUAUCUAGAAAUUUUUAGCCGUCCUCAAGCGAUAGGAAAUUCUAGGCAAUAUUUGCUUCUCCGUACAGAUGAUUUACAGAAAACAGUCGUUGGGCGCCCCUGUUAUGUAGUAUUUUCAGGUCAGUAAAAUUCGAAUGCUUCAUCUAUGUAACACCAACGGCGCAGUGACAGAUUCUGGGUAAAGCUAGUACUGUGGAUGUAUACUCGACCCGGCCACUAAAGGCCGAAAUAAGACGGUUGUCUAAAACACGAUGUGAGUUCAUCUGUCACAAUGCUGGCAAAACAUUUGGUGUCCAAGUCUUAAAAUACAUAACACUCUUUGAGACGGCGUUCUUAAUUCUAUUAAUUUAAACCUCUGAGUUCCGUUGCUUCUUGGCUGCACGUGUAUAGAGCCGUGGCUUCAGUGGAUCGGAGUAAAUGUUUAUACGCUUCAUGAAAGAAGAAGAGACGCAGCGUCUCUCAACUAUGGCAGUCGACUAGCUGAGCGUCCAAGAUCGUAUCCGAGUGACUGAAACACAAAAACAGAUAAUGCCUUCUCAGUGAUGUCCAUACCAAUUUUCCCUCCUAUAGUCUGUUUCCUAUAAGAAAUCGAAAACUAAUGAGAAUUUGAUAUAAAUUUUCUCACCGGGGUAUAAACGUUUAGGGACGCAAACUGAAUGCGGUGUAUCAAGAGAGAAUGAGCACUCUUGGGUGCAUCAAUGAAAAAAUCCGGAAAGAAGUAACUGAUUUGCAUGUUACCCCUUUUCUCUACAGCGCCUAAGAGACAGGCGAACUAAAAGCAAUGUUUAAGAACCUACAAUUAUCGUUUUUGUGGAAACCAAAAGACAAAUAGUACGAUCUCAAAAUUCUUAGCAGGCUUCAGCCAAAGAAGUUUUAUUUGAACGGCAACGUAAACAUAGUAGGAAUUUGUUUAACAUACUCGAAAGUUAACCUAUAGCUGUUAACAAACACAUCUUUAUAAUUUACUAGGUUUGAUAAGUGAAUGGUAAAACUUUGACUUGCCUCUAUCUUUUUUUAGUUAUCUUCGUUGCGAUGUCUUCGACUCCUCAUAAGAACUCGAGGAUAAAAACAAGAAGAGUCCUAGCGAAAACCGAUCAAUUAAAAACCUUGAGUCUUCAAGGUAAGUUUCGUUCUAGAAGUCUCGGAUCUCGUUAUUAGUAACUCUAUCUUACUCAAGGUUUCGCCAGAAAUGGGUGAAAUAGCGUACGUUUCUAUUUGUGACUUGCUAUGAGCCUUUUCCCUAUAAAAUCCGAAUCAAGACUGUGAUGUCGGUUUCUGAGGGGUAAAUAUGCCACUUUCAUAGUUCUUACGUAUACGCAGUAAUAGUCAUAAUUCUACAGUCUGGUUGUUUGUCACGGUGAUUUCUUAGAAAGACCCACGCUUUUACUAUUCCCGGAAAAGGUAGCUGCAAAAGGAGUGGUUACGCAGAGUGCAUGUUGACGGUCGACAUUUCACGGAUGAAUUAAGCUUUUAAAGAUUUCUGUGGUUGCUGACGAGAGAGCGUUUAUAUUGUUCACUUCGUUAGCCUCUUCUUGUGUUGUUCUUUCGCAUGGCUGUUCAACGCGUAUUUUAAAUUAACCUUUUUCAGGUGAGUAUUUAGUAUGAAACUCAUCUGCUAACAAGGCUGGACGGCUGAAGAGCCUGGCGAUGGCAUAUUUUAUAUUACGAUUGGGUCCGAAUACACCUCCAUAAAAACUAUGUCACUUGAUCAGAUAAGGAACUUCCUCUCCUAGAGGGUCUUUAAGAACACCACGCGGCGGCCACUCAAUUAAGCAGACCAAACGUCCAAUCUCAGUUUUCGUUCGAAAGAAUAUGGAAAACUUUACAGAAAUUGCCACUGAACUUGUAAGAAUUUACAAUCUGCAUAAGGGAAAGGAGUUUGAGGCGCAUUACUAGGGAGAACGCAAGAUGCCAUUGAAAGGAACCAUGAGGGAUGUUUUAGAGAUCGACGAAGGGAACCCUUUCGCCUCAACACUGGCAGAAAUUUCAAGCACGGUCCAUCAAAAAUACGGUACUAAAGUUUGGAAAGGAAUCACUGGGCCUGAAGAUAGCCAGUACUUUGAAGAUUAUUGGCUAUGGGUAGAGAGGUUCCGUCCAGCGCUGGAAGAAGGCAAUAGUUACGUCUUCAAAAUAGUGGAGUGCACUGCUUUUCAAGGCAGUGGCGAGUUCUUGUGCGGAAUAAGCUUAUAA